UUAAUUCAUAAAGAAAUAAACAAAGUAAAAGCUUCGCAACGCAGUUGAUGCCAAUUGAAACGGACUGAGCCUGGUCUCCCCAUUCACUCGCUUUCAUUUGAAUAAACCCAAUUUUCAUACGUCCAGCAGGGCGCCCGCUGAUUGGCCGGCGUCCCUCCGCCGGCCGCCUCUGAUUGGCCGCUUGUUCCCGUGCAGAUUUUUUUCUUUCCCUCCUUUUGAGCCUCGACGCCGUGAAUGGACGAGUGUGGCGGCAGCGCCCGGUCGCGCUGAUUGGCUGGGCGCAGCAGGGCGGUCCGCCCUGGUUGGCUGGCUGCCGCUGGGCGGGCCGUCGGGAUUCGCCGAGCCCUGCUGCCCGGUGUCCGGGUAAGAUGGCGUCGGAGGAGCAGUGCUCGGCGCCGCCACCGCGAUGGCAGUCGGUCUCCUUAACCCACGUAGAGUAUCCAGCCGGUGAUUUGACUGGACAGAUGCUGGCCUACACCAGUCUGCUGCCCAUGGCGAUCCUGGUCGGCUUCGUCACGCUCAUCAUCUUUAAGAGGGAGCUGCACACGAUCUCAUUCUUUGGUGGUUUGGUGAUGAAUGAAGGGCUAAACUGGCUACUGAAGCACAUCCUGCAGGAGCCCCGGCCAUGUGGGGGAGGCCACAGCACCGUAACAACAGAGUACGGCAUGCCUUCCAGCCACUCGCAGUUCAUCUGGUUCUUCGUUGUUUACUUUUUCCUUUUUCUUUAUUUAAGAAUGCACCAGACAAACAAUGCUAGGUGCGUGGAGUUGUUAUGGAGACACGUGCUCUCAAUCAUCCUACUGGGUGUGGCUUUGGCUGUAUCAUACAGCAGAGUUUACCUUCUGUACCACACCUGGAGUCAGGUGAUCUAUGGGGGCGUGGCUGGAACGGUGGUGGGGGUGGUGUGGUUUUUCUUCACGCAGGAGGUGUUGACGCCCAUCUUCCCCAAAAUAGCAGCCUGGCCCCUAUCAGAGUUUUUCCUGGUGAGGGAUACAAGCCUCAUUCCUAAUAUUUUAUGGUUUGAGUACACGGUGACCAGAUCAGAAGCCAGAAACAGACAACGAAAGCUGGGAACAAAGCUUCAGUGAUCUUCUCUCCACUGGUUCAAACUGACGAAAAGGACCACACACACAUUCUCUCACAAGCACACACACACACACACACACACACACACACACAAACGUUCCUACAUUCACAUACACACUGGAGAUUUAUCGUCUGGACCGUUCUGGUCGAGAUUUGAGGGCAGGACCAUUUUCAGGUGGACCAAAACGGGGAGAGGUCAGCCGCGACCGUUAAUAUCCAAGUGACCAGAGUGUGUGUGGCGGACCACAUCUCUCCUCUCCACCCCCAACCAACCCCCCACCGACACCACACCUCCCUUCCCACCAAGACCGGCCCUGUGUUUCUAAUGCAUGCUGACCGUGCAAGAGGCAAAGCUAUUUAAUGAGAAAUGUAAUAUAUAUUUUAACCAUUAACGCACGCGGGCGAAAUCAAAAUACCCUGAACUGAACUGUGUCCGGCGUAAAGGAGAGAGCGUGAGAGAGUGAGAGCAUGAGCGAGAGAGUGAGAGUAAGAGUGAGUGAGGAUUUCUUUAGUGUGUAACCUUUUGGCAGGCAUUGCUACAGCAUGACAUAGUGGACCGCUCCUCUUUUUCUUUUUCUUUUUUUUUUUUUUCUUUUUUUUUAUUACUGUGUAAGGGGUUAAAUAUUUUCGGAUUUGGAUUAGGGUUUUGGGGUUUAUAGCAGAAGGGAAGAAUAGAUAUUUCGGGUGGGUGUUGUAUUUGUUUUGUUUGUUUUUGUUUUUUGUUUUCUCCAUUCUUAUAAAAUAGAGUUUCUCUACUCUGGUAACAUGUAAUAUCAAGUAAGAUAAUUUGCACUUUGUGAAUUUGAAAGAGAAAAAAAAACAUUUUUCUCCCCCUCUUUUUUUAUUAACACUAGUUACCAUCAGAGAAAAUGAUCAUCUUUCUUUCUCUACUUUGUUUGUCCCUUUAUUGUUAAUUGUCAAUCAGUUGCAGUUGGUGAGAUGGAUUAUCCACUCUGAGCUGUGAUUGGUCAGAAUGCUGUCCCAGUCUCAUUAUUGGUUCAUGGUUCAUGUGCAUGGGUUUGCAUCAAGAGCAGUGCUUGGGCCCCUGGCAUUACCACAGCACAUUGGUCAUUAGGUGCGUUGACAGGAAAGCACUGUGGUUUUGUUACAGUUGUCAGGACAGUUUCUCUGCAAUGGGGCAUUUCACACCAAACCACUCUGAAUUACUUUGCAUCUUAACCAGUUAAUUAUUCAGACAUUCUGACAAAUCUAUGGACUUUCCCUUAAAAUUUACACGUGUCGAUAUGCUUGUACCUGCUUACUUGAGCGAUUGCAUUGUAUGGACCUGUGCAGCAGUUCCUGCAGCGAAACUUUCAGCACAUUGCAAAGAAGGGCAUUAAAGGAAUGGUUUAAUGAAAAGUCAGAUUUGGCCAGUUUUACACUUACCGCAGAUGUAGCUGAUCAACCAAGUCCAGAUUUAGCUUCUUUAGUUUAGAACUGGAGCAGUGAGGCAAACAUUGCUAGUAAACACUAGAACUCAAUAGUCACCCAAAUGGUUUCUGUAAAAACAAAGUACUAAAACUUCUCUCGGCGCACGCUGCGUCCAUGCCUUCAUGUAGGUUGCACAGACUUGUCCGUGUGGUUUAGUACACAGUAUGAUUUGAAUGAUAAAAUCAACGAGACUGGGAGCAGGCACUUUAUACAACAGUGUCUGUUUUCACAAACCACCUCAGGAGAUCUGAAAUCGGUGCUUGUGAUAAUGACAGACAUAAAUACAGAGGAGUCUGAUCCGAGGCCAGUCCUGCUUUGUGAGCGCCAGCCCUUGGUGUCUGACGCAGUGAAGUUUUGUUAACUAUAAUAGCUCACAGUGAGUCAUACUGUGUCCUAAGCCGCAUCGACAAGUCUGUGCUCACCCCUAAUGGAGACCUGGAUGUGGUUUGAGCAAGUAUUUGAGCUAUUUGGGUGACUAAGUUCUAGUGUUUGUUAGCAAGGUUAGCAGUUUUAGGUUCUAAACCGAGGAAGUAAAAUAACAGCACCAGACUUGUUUUGGCUGAUCGGCUGCGUGAAAUGAUUAUGCAUUGUGAUUUUUCACUUGAAUGUUCCUUUAAGACCCAGUCGGUCCGGAAGUCGGUUUAGUCCACUUCUCGUCUUCCUGCAAACCCCAUUUUAUAAUUAAUCUGCAUAACAUAAGUUGAAGGUAGUCUGAUUAGGAGUAAGUGGCAGAAAAGGAGUAAGGAGAAUAUUAAAGAGUAAAGCUUUUGGCCUUUAGUGAAAGGAGUGGAGUUGGCGACAUUAGUACCAGAGCGGACUGUGUUGCAGGGUGAUGAUUACAGUGGUAGUUUGGUGAAAAAUCACCUCAGUAGAUCAGCCGAGACGUUUCAGUGUAAAGUUUGCUUCUUAAGUUUUGCGCUGAAGCUGCGUGGCUAAUGUUGCUAACAGGUAAUGCAAGCCUACACUCACCGGCCACUUUAUUAGGUACACCUUGUUCGUAAAAGGCUGGACCCCCUUUUGCCGUCAGAAUUGCUUAAA